AUGUAAUGCAUCAACAAUUAAGCUUAAUACGGAGGUUGUUUGUUUAUUUAAAAUUAAAUCAUUUCAAUUAUAAGAAGUUUGAUAGUUGGCAAUAAGGCAGUAUAUGGAGGAGCUAUUUUUACAAAAGGAAAUAAUUCAACAUUAAUUUCAGAGAAUGUAGUUAUUACAAAUAAUUCAGCUUAAUUUGGAAGUGGCAUCUAUAGUGAAAACAACUUGAAUAGAAAUAUUAAAGGAAUCGAGUUGAUUGCCAAUUAUGGAUUGAAUCAAAUUGAUGAGCAACCUUAAUAGCUCUAUUUAUAAAUUUUUCAAGACGAAAUAAUAAAACCAACUAUUGUAUAAAAUUCUAAAAAUAGUUAAAAGUCUUAAAUCAUUAGUAAAUCAGGAUAAAUAUCAAUUAUUCAUAUACCUACUGGAAUUCCAUUAUCAAAAUACAUGAAAUUUGAAAAAGAAAAGAAUAGAUAUAAUUAAAAAACUAUGUAAAUGAGAUUACGUGCAUAUAAUUCAUAAUUAGAAAUGGUUAGAAAUCUUACAAAUACCUAUUGUGAAUUACAAAUAAAUAAUAUGAACAGUAGAUAAGAACAAAAUUUAUCUUUAAAUAAAAAUAAAAUUAUCUUUAAUUAAUCAACAUUUUCAUAUAAUUUAGAUGAUUUAAUCUUUUAUAUACCUUCAGAUUCAAAUCAAACCUUUGAACUUACUAUUAAAUGUAAUAGCAUUUAUAUUCCAAUAAUCAACAAUAUAAGUCAUUUAAUAGAAGGAUAUCACUAAAACUAUGUUUUGAGUUUAUUGAUUAAGCCUAAUGAAUGUUAAAUGGGAGAAUAUAGUUAAUCAAAAGAGGAUUAUUGUCACUAAUGCAUUGUAGAUAGAAAUAAUACUCUUUGCCAAAUUGUAGAUGGUCAAAAGAUUUAGGAAAUAACUUAAGCUUAAAUAUUCUUAAAAUAGGGUUAUUGGAGAAUGAAGGUGACUACUUCAACCAUUGACUUGUGCUUAAAUAAUCAGCAAAAUUGUAUAGGAGGAUGGGGAGUUGGAAAUGAUCUAUGCUAAUAGGGUUAUAUAGGGGCUCUUUGUGAAUAAUGUGAUUAUUAUAAUGAGAGAGGAGGAGGAAAUUACUAAAGAGAGGGAUUUUUUUAGUUAAAUAUGCUAAAAUGA